AUGGAGGUGGGUAAACCCGAGAUAAACCGUAACAAGCGAUCCCGAGAAGACUCGAAGUCGGCCUCGGCCGGGUCAAAGCGAGUGCAUAUAGAGGAGGAGGAGGCAGUUCUCAACUCACACGAGUUGAACCGAGUUAACUCGGAGCCUGAGGUGAACCUUAACUCCGCCGAGACCGAUGCCGACCUAGGCUUGUACUCGCCGGACGUCAAGCAGAUCAGAGAAGAAAUACUGGACAUCUUAGAUGAACCGGAAACUGUUACAGACCAUCUACCGGAGGUUCAGGAUCUUGACUCGGUAAUCAGGAGCUUCGAAGAAGAGAUUGUUCAUCCGUCAACUCAGCCUGCUCAACCAGACCUAGGCUACCUUCUAGAAGCUUCGGAUGACGAUCUCGGCCUCCCUCCCACCAUUUCAGCUUCUGAUGACCAUGUUAACGCGAGAAUUAACACGCCGGAGAAUGCCGCUGGAAUUAGAUUUGAGAGCGAGUUACAGAGUUUUGACUCGUUCGAGUUCGGGAUGAACGUUGGAGCCGGUGACGGAAAUAGCUACGGCGUCUACAGUAACGGUGAUUUUGUGACAGUGGAGGGAUUGUUUGAUUACGAAGAGUCGUUUGAAUUUUCGGAAUUUUAUCGGCGAGGAGAGUCCUUGCCUGCUUUAUAG